UCCCUUUAAUGAGUGGAGGUUAUGAAUGGACGUGGGGGUCGUAGGUCAGAUGCGCCAGAGCCAAAUUGAACCAUUUACAUGCAACGGCGACGGUUUCUCAGAAUAAAACCAGCAGGGAACCUAGAACAUGCUGUUAGAACUCUAAGUGAAUAAAAAGUGUUGGACAAUUACAAGAAACACGUGCAUUAACACAUGCGCAAUAGCUCGUGGGGACUGUUUUGACAUAUGGGUUACUGGGUUUAAAGUUGUGAUGGUAGAUUGAGUGAUGAUAGGCUAGUGCAUAGACUUAUUUUACCCAUUAAUGGUUUGGACACAUCUACUCAUUCUUUGCAUCAUCAAAAUGAUAAAAGAAAUCAAAUGGAAACAAGAAUUACGCGGUUACCAUUAAAUAUUCAUAAUUACAUUAUAUAUGAAUACAUCUGUGCACUUUGGGUAUGAGGUGCAUUCUGGGAUUCUAUAUAAACUUUAUUAAAAUUGUUCCCAUGUAGGAUGGACUCUUUUUAGUAACUUUUCCUAUCCAGUCCAGAUAAAAAAAUAAAACAAUACAUAUAAUUAGAAAAUAUAACAACAUUUAGUAUGAUGAAAGUUAUAUCAGGCUUAAUUCAUGUGUGCUUACAGAACUGAUCCAUAUUUUAUAGUAUCGAGGGUCAGGCUAUAUUUUCAUUUCACAUUUAUUCAUAGUUAAUCUAUUUAAUGACCGUGUAAUGCAGGGGUUCCCAAACUUUUCAGCCCGCGACCCCCAAAAUAACAGUGCCAGCAGGGACUCGAGACCCCCACUAUCCUCGGAGGUGGGUAAAGUAUACAAACAUUGUGCGCAACUGUGCACCCUGCGUUGUCUUUGGUUGAUAUUAACCAACGUUUCAUUUCAACAAAUAAAAAUAUCCUAAAUUUAAAGCCUGAAAAAUAAUCUGCGUGCAGAUACAGUAUGAAUGUUUAACGUGGUGCUGUAUGACUUGCUGCACCUAACCUAAUGCGGUUGCUAAUGUGACGUAAUCACCUCAGGGGUCACGAUCGAGGGGGAGGAAAUUCCAAAGGCUGAUAGCUUUUUAUUUGCAUGGUUUUAUUUUUAACUUAACUAAUAUUUGUGUAUUUGUAACACUUAUUGAUUAAAUAGGCUAUUCCUAAUAAUAAUGAUUUCUGGAAAUCAUCUUGCGACCCCAUCCUCGUGACCUUGCGACCCCCCGGGGGUCCCGACCCCUACUUUGCGAAACCCUGGUGUAAUGCACAUACUUUGCCAUCUAGUGGAAAAGAUAAGGUAUUGCUAUGACUAAUAUCCUUGUAAAUUCAGGCAAAGCAAAUCAGAUUUAGUUGAAAUGGCUUUGCAGAAACUGCUUCUACAACAGAACAUGUGCAACGUAGCACAGACAACAACAAAUAGAAACCUGUUUGGUGAUUUUCUGUUGUGUAACAUGCUCUAAGUCUUUGCAAUUUCUUUCUGAACAAUCAAACUUAAUCUGAGGAAAUUCUUGGCUAUCUUAAACCUUUGUCCAAAUAAAUGAGCAGCGGUGGGGGUCAUUUCUAACAGCCUUUUUAACCCCUUGUGUGCUUGAGAAGGGCUUUUGUUUGAUUGAUUUCUCAAGUAUAUGUCCAAGACAUGUACAGUAUGUUCUACAUGUGUGUGCAUUAAAGUGCAUGAGUGAUUUUCCUCAUCUGCUAUGCAUAGAGUCGGCAGGGUGGAAAUGCUGAAUACAGUGUUGCAUAACCUAAUCAAUGUUGCCUAAGUUACCUUUAAACCUAUUUAGGGUUUUAGCAGGGGAUGAAUAUCAGUAACGCUUAAAUCUUCAAACAUUGUGAAGAAACAGUCGGAAGGACUGCCGUUCCUCUGCAAGACUGCGCUUUUACUGUGUGAAAAGCCUGUGUAUCGUCUUCAAGACACAAUGCAGAAGAUUAAGAGCCGUCCUGAACUUGGACAGAGUUUAAAGGGUUUGACUGACUUGCACUAAAUUCACCUCUUUAAUUCAUAUUAAAGAGGCGUCAAACUUUUGAGUGCAAUAAUUGUACUUGAUAUAGAAACUACUUCAAAGGGUCAGUUUCUGUAUUCACAGAUACAGCAAAAUGUGAGCAGUAACACAAUUGUGAAGAUCAAAAUACUUAAAAAUAGGUAUAAAACCAAAUAUAAAUACAUUUGUUCUAAAAGCUUAAAAGAAAUAGCUUUGUAGCUAAGAAAGUGUAUAACCCUUAUUGCCUUCUCCUGGUGUUAUGAAAUGUAACCUGCAUGUACGUAGGUGGCAAAAAUAUGCCAUCGCUUUAAAGACACUGCAGUCACGUGAGAAAGACACUGACAGAGAGAGAGAGAGAGAGAGAGAGACCCAUGCUGUAUGUGUAUCAUGACGUGCAAACGUGCUUUAGCUUCUCAUGUGCGUGGCGUUACGCAAAGGCUGUGUUUAUAGGAUCAAACUCAGCAGUGGCUCUGCAUUGAGCACAGUGACAAGCAGCUUACAGACGAGAGAGAAGCCAAAACCACACACUGCUGCGGGAUGGAGCGAGCACAACUCUCUCUUUCUCUCUCUCUUUGUGCUUGAUCCUCUAGAGGAGCGGGUCUCCCUGUGUUUACGGGUGCACGGCUGAAGCUCGAGAUCUUUGGAGUCACCGCGGACCAAUCAGCACUGAGACUUGAAUAUGACAAACUGACACUAAUUCUUUCUUCCUCAUUUUUAAACACGGUCAUCUAUGGCAUCAACAGACAGACCCUUCUUCUGGGGGUUCCUGCUGUGGUCUACGACAUGGACUUUGGUUUGGACAUUUACUCCAGAUGAAGGGUUAUCAGUCAGUCCGGUACUUCAAAAAACCACACCACCUUCCACCGAGACGGGGAUGAACAUCACUGAUCCCCCCACUAGCAACUACACAGGUCUGAGCUGCGCUUCACUGCUGCCCCCUCGGCGAGGUUCUUUCUAUGUCGAGAAGGGCACGGCAAUGUCUCUGGGUACGGUGUUGGCGUUCUGGUGUCUUGAGGGAUACCAGCUGGUAGGCAGUGAGAAAAUCUCCUGCGUGCUGCGGAGCAACACUCCUCAAUGGAGCAACUACCCACCAGAUUGUGAGGCCAUUCCCAGACCGGAGGAUCGGGGCUUGAGAGUGGCCGUGCUGGCAUCGGUGGUGAGCAGCAUCGUCAUCUUUGCCAUGUCCGUGUCCUUUAUCAUCUGCUGCCUGCAAGAGCGCAUGAGCAAAUACAGGACCGAACGGACAGACGGCAGGAGUAGGAUGAGAGACAAGCACAAGUCCUGGAGAAGUGAGUGCUGGCUGGAACGAGAGGAAGGCAACUGGGAGGCUUUUCCUCCGCCCAAAAUUUACAGUCUUUCCCAGCACCUCGACUCCCAUCUGUCCCUUGACAGCCCGUUCUAUAUGGGAGGUCUAACUGGUUAUGAUAACCGUGGAUAUCAGAGAAGUCAAGAAAACCUUUUAAAGGCUCCGCUGCCUGGACUCUAUCGCUCUGAGAGUCAGGUUUACCCACAUGUCGUCCUGCAGAGGGUGCCCACACCCACAGUGCCAACUGCACCCAGUGCACCUGUGUACCUCCCUCUCUCCACCCCUCUGCCCACAGAAAAUCCCACCGAAGGGCCUGCUCUGCCCCCGUACUCCAAACCCUCCUAUCACAGCCCCGGUGGCACUCCACAGCGUCUGUGGCCAUAGCAACGCACUUGUGUGUACAGAACUUUUACAACAAUCGCCAUGGCGAUGGCCUAUGGCCUCUACGUGGAAAUGACUCCUGCAGUGUGACUGGGGCUCAGGCAAGUCUGAGAAAUGAUGGACUAAAGCGUAUGUCUUAUUUGAGAGCCGCCUAGAUCAUUUCACAUCACUACAUCUAGUUGCUGGCCACACAGUGUUUCUCUUCUCUCUGUUCAGUAACAUUUAGGAAUUUAGUACUAAUUCUUAACGUCUGAUGUUUUCUAUGGAAAUAUAGGUGAAUUACACUGAUAUCCCGAUAAUGGACUGACAUGGGGAUCUCGUAAACCUGUGAAACUUGAUUUUGUUUUAAGACAAAGCUAUUAUAAAAAUAAAAUGAUUAUUUCUGUG